AAUUACUUAAAAAUGGACGAAAAGCAUAUAGAAUUUCUGAUUUUUGCGUAUCUAGUCGAGAACGGCCAUUUUGAUGCCUCAAGUAAAUUUCUGGAGCGAAGAGAUUACGCUGAAGAGCUGAAGAGCCUUCCACCAGUUAAGAGAGAAGCAUUGAGCAUCUACCUGAAGCAGAGAUUACAAGGGGUUUCGCUUGAUAUUGACCAGAUUGGCCAAGAAAUUGACCGAGCAAUGCAUAGAUUAAGAACAGAUGAGUCUCAGAGCUUUGUACUUGAUAUGAUCAACCCUGAGACUCUUCAAAAGCACAUUGAGAGUAUUUCUAAGCUUCAGAAGUUGUCUGUUAGCGAGAAUUCGGAGUUAUCAACUGAUCUCCGUAAGAUAGCUAAGACUAUCAUCCUGUGUUCAAUCAUUGAGCUUAAGAGAAGUGGAGGACAUGAUUCUCAGAUUUUGGAAAUCUGACAGAAAUUUGAUGAAUAUCUUGACCAUGAAACUAAGAUGAGCAUUCAGAGUAUCGCCUCAGCUAGUAAGAAGGAAGAGGAAGAUGUGAAGCAAAAUGCUAAAACAAGAGAUCAUAUUUACAAGGAAGAGAGGCCUCAAGAAAUCCCACUUACUAGUUUUGAGAAGUAUGAGAAAAGACGAGAGGCCAACAAGAAAUGAUACCUCAGAUAUGAUUCUGAUAUCUCCCCAACUGUUUUAUGACAAACAGUAACUGAUCAUUCAGGUACUGGGGAUUCUAAAGUCACUUGUAUUACAUCAAGCUUUGACAACCAGUAUGUCAUUGCAGGAUUUGAUGAUGCGAAGGUUAUGAUUUUUCAGUAUGAAGGUAUUUUCCAUCCAGAUUUCCCAUAUCCAGGACCAAAAGAAAGGGAGGAUGGCCCAGACUCUGAACAAAAAGAAGAUACAGACCACCAAUACACUAAAUAAAUGCCUUUAUGACUACUUCGCUAAAAUUAACUGCAGACAUGAGGAAAUUAAAAUGCUCAAAGCUGAAGAAGAGAAGUUAAAGAAGGAAAUCCAUGACAUCAAGACUAACUUUAAGAAUGUCAGGAAGAUCAAAGGGCAACUUAUGAACUCCUCUGGCUUUCAGGAGACCGGAAUUUUCGAUGAUGAGAUCAAAACAGAAAAGCUUAAAGCUAAUCAUGUCAUCCAAAGAAGACUGAGAAAGGAGCUUGACCAGCUUUAUAGAAGCAAGAAGAUGUUUGAAGGCGUACAAGCUGAGUAUCUGACCCCUUAUAUGACGAAGAUCGAGUCUAAGACUCUUUUAGGCCACUCAGGACCUGUGUUUUGCGUUAGCAUCACUGAUGACAACAUCUAUUGAAUUAGUGCAGGCUAUGACAGAGAUAUUAGACUUUGGACUGUUAGAGGAGGGAUCGCAGUGGCUAAAUACAAAGCUCACCAAUCUUGUGUUCUUGACCUCAGCUUCGCCCAUUACAUGGACUCUACAUUAGGAGUCUACUUUUUAUCUUGUAGCACAGACACAACAGCUAAGAUGUGGAGUACAGAGACAACUGGGAGCUUGAGAGCUUUCCUCGGUCAUACAAAGGACGUUCAGAAAGUUAGAUUUCACCCAAACUUGAACUAUGCCAUUACUGGCUCUGAAGAUUGAACUAUUAGAGUCUGGAGUAUUCUGACAGCUGAAUGAGUUAGACAGAUUAGGCAUACUCCUUGAAACCUAAAAAUCUCUCAUAUUUUAUUUAGGAAUAAAGAUAGUCAGAUUAGGUCCCUUAUUGUCACUUCUUGUGGAGGAGAUAGUGCUUUGGAGUCAGAGCAAAACUCUGAAGUUUUUCCAAACAGUUAUGUGAUCGUAGGGACUGAAACAGGAAAGGUCGUAGUCUACAACAUUGAGAGAGAUACUCCAGUCACUAAAUUCUUUGUCUCUGAUGAAGAAAAUUCUGCAGUCUGGGAUCUAGCCAUGAGUCAUGAUAAUAAAAUUUUGUGUGUUAUACGGGAAGAUGACACACCUUUACUCUAUGAUUUCCAAGAGAUUGUUAAGGAGGGAAGUUUCAGAAAAAUGAAGACAAAAGAUGCUCUUGAGAACCCCUUUUUGCUGACCAUUGUUCCUCGAAAGACUCAGAAGUACCUGAGCUGUAGAUUUACUGAUAGGAACUUGCUAGUGUGUAAUUCAACACUUUAA